AUGCAAGUGCCUCUUUCUACCCAUGGCUCCUUUCCUCCGUUCUGCAGCCACCAAAUACCACGGCCAUGUCCAUACGUGAGGAGAGAAACUCAAACUUUGCCUAAAGUGGCAAUUGCAGCGUGCUUGCUGUACUCUGGCAACCUGCGAAAGCAUGUGAGCUUGAGGGCUGCAACCGCCACAGAGAAGUUUAGCUUGGCUGUCAAGGAGAGUUUAGAGGCGGCCUUUCAGGUGGCGUAUUCCAUGGGGCAUUUGGCCAACAAGGGUAACACCAUUGGCAGCGAUCAUUUGCUCGUGGGCAUGGCGAGCGUUUCGCAGAGUUCGGUCUCACGAGCACUUCAAUCUGUGGGUGUGACAGCAGAAGGCCUCCAAGAAAAGCUACGCUCUUCGAGACCGUGCAACCCACCGGAGGGUCAGCCACCUGCGGGAGAAGCUCUUUCGCCACCUCUUGACACGGAGGUUCAAUUUUACCUUCGACGUGCAUCAGGCAUGUUGAGGUGGUUGCCAUCUCAAGAUGGAACCAGAAUGCUUGGGACAGAGCACAUCAUGCUUGGCCUUCUGAGCAACGGAAGCCAUGCUGCUGGAAAACUGCUACUGGCCUUCGAUCAAGAAGGCUUCGAUCGAACUGUGGGGAAAUUUGAUUCUGGGUCUGGUGGCUCUGCUUCAAACCCUCGAAGGGCAGCUUUGCGGAAGGCAAUAAUGCAAAUCGUCAACGAGGGCGAAGGAGACGCAAGUGUUGAUCAUUCAAUGUACGCCGUAGCUGCUGGCAGAGUUGGAUCGCCACGAGGAGGCUCGAAGGGGCAGGGAAUCGAAGAGGCUUCACUCCUUGACCGCUUUGCUCCGGACCUGACGACCUUAGCGGAAGAAGGCUCACUGGACCCAUUUUGUGGGCGAGAGGCGUUGAUUGAUCGAAUUGAACGCACUCUUGGCCGGCGGCAGAAGCCCAAUGUACUUCUUGUUGGAGAUCCAGGAGUGGGAAAGACUGCCUUGGUGGAAGCCUUGGCACAGCGUAUUGUACGUGCAGAAGUGCCGUGGUGGCUGAGGGGAAGGAGGCUUCGAAGCUUGGACGUAGCUCAACUUACUGCUGGGACGCGAUUGCGUGGAGACUUUGAGGAGCGGCUAGCUUGUGUACUUCAGGAGAUUGAUGCUGAAAAGAGCAUCUUAUUCAUAGAUGAAGCUCACACAAUAGUAGGAGCUGGAUCAACCAGCUCCAGCUCUUUGGAUGCUUCAGAUAUGCUGAAGCCAGCACUGGCUAGAGGAGGGUUGCAGUGCAUAGCAGCAACCACUGUGGAGGAAUACUCAACAUACUUUGCUCGCGAUGCUGCCCUUGACCGGCGAUUUGAAGUUGUGGAAGUGGAGGAGCCCACAGCGGAAGAGGCCAUCCAGGUCUUGGAAGGGCUACGUAGAGAAUACGAAAGACAUCAUGGAGUCUUGUUUCAAAAUGAUGCCCUGGCUGCAGCUGCGACUUGGGCAGCCCGGCACUUGCCGGAACGAAAGCUUCCUGACAAGGCUAUCGAUAUUGCAGACCGUGCCGCUGUGCUUGCCAAGAGCAGGAUGACCGGCAGCUCGAAGGCAGAAGUGACCACUGCGGAUGUGGCUUUAGUGCUUGAAGAGACUAUUGGCCUUCGUCCUGGCUCUGUGUCUGCAGCUGAAGCACGAGGGAUCGUGGAUCUUGAGGAAACCUUGCACAAGCGGGUUUGCGGGCAAAGGGCUGCGGUGCAGAUGGUGGUGACAGCAGUGGCUCGGGCGAAAGCUGGCUUGCAAGAGACACACCGGCCCAUUGCAUCUUUGCUUCUCUACGGCCCUCCAGGUGUUGGAAAGACAUCACUUGCAACUGCACUUGCAGAGACGUGGCUCGGCUCUCGUCGUGCUCUUGUCCGAGUGGACUGCGCCAGUGCCAGCAGUGCACAGCAAGCAGGCAGCGCGCUUGCAGCAGCUGUGCGGAGACGGCCACACUCUGUGGUGCUCAUUGAUGAAGCGGACAAAGCUGAUCCCGACUUUCUCAGUUUGCUGCUGGAAGUCAUCGAGGAAGCAUCUUUGAGCCUGCUGGGUCCCGGACCUGGACGUGCUGAUUUCCGCCAUACCGUUGUGUUGCUCACUUCCAACGACCCGGCUGGGCCGAAUGGUCUGCCGAGGGCUUUAGCCGAUCGCCUUGAUGGCUCCGUGCACCUAAGGCCUUUGAAUUCCAGUGUGGUGCAAGAGGUGCUUGAUGGCCUUGUUGCGGACUUCUCAUCGCGGCUGCGAGAAACACACGGAGCUGUUUUGCACGUCACGGAAACCUGGAGACAGAUGGUCUUCGACAUGCUUCGCAAUGAGGAAGAUAAGGAACACGCUGGUGUGGGUGCACGUGCGUUGCGACGCAUUCUCCGGGAAUUCCUGGAAGAUCCGAUUGCCUAUGCCAUCCUCAAGCACCAGGCUGUAGCAGCAAAAGAGCACAUGGCUAAAGCUGAGCAGGCGUUGAAACCAUCAUGGAUGUCUUUGAAGUUUAGUCCAGACCACUUGACGGCGUCCAUGGAGUACUCGCAGGCUGCCACCCAAUUCCGGGCUGCAGGGCUUCUGCAAGAAUGCGCUGAUGCUUGGGUCAAGACAGGUGAGAUGAAGGAGCUCCUUCAUGAUCUUUUCAGCGCUGGCCGGGCGUAUGAAAGCGCAGCUGGCAUUUGCGAUGGUAGCGGCCCGGGAGGUCCCAGCGCUGCGAUGAUGCACUGGGAGAAGGCAGUUCGAUGCUUUAGAUUGGCUGGCAAGGUGGAUGUAGCUGCCAAGCUCCUGCUGAAGUUGGCCAGCGUCAAGGAAAAGCAAGGUGAUGUUGAUGGUGCAAAGUCCGCCUUCGAGGAGACCAUAAGUGCUUUUGAACAAGAGGAGAAGGACUAUGAGCUGGGUGACGUCUACAAGACGUACAUUGGUUUUUUAAUUCGACGAGAAGCUUUCGAGGAUGCCCUCAAAGCCAUGGAUGGUCACAUUGCGGUACUGCAAAGGCAAAAGAGCCAGCCUUUUGUGCACAAGGAGCUGCUCUCAAAGAUCGUCCUGCUGAUGAAGUUGGAGGAUUCUGUCAGAGCUGAAGAACUGAUAAGCUCUUCAAACAUUGAAGGUUGGUUUUUGUCCAGAGAGUACCAGGUUGGCACAGAUCUUGUUGAAGCCAUGAAGAGCAACGAUGCAGAAGCGCUCGCAGGACUUCAGAAAGAGCAGAUCUUCACGCGUGGUAGUGAAAAUGGUUGCAUCUACGAAGAACGGGAGCGGAUGGGAUGUCACGCUGGCUGUGUUUGUGCUUGGUUUGAGCAGUGCUAUCCAAAGUUUGUCAUGGUCCGUGGAGAUCAAUCCUCAUCAAAGGCGAAGUCGAAGAUCAACGUAGGAAUUUGUGACCUUGCUAUGCCAGUGCUGGCCGUUGCGUCUGUGUUGCUCUUCUUAGUGCUCAUUUGCCUCGUUGUUUCAGCUCGUAUGUAUUUGACGAAGGAUGCUGUCCCUGUCGACCUUGCUUUUCCGUCGGAUGCAAACCUUGCCUCCUUCGAAGCCAAGGCACCACCAGCUCCGGAACCGGCACCAGCUGACGAGGUGCAUGAGGCGGAGAAAACCAAUGGCUGA